AACUAAUUUCCCAAACUUGCAUUUUCCUUCUCUUCUAGUUCUAAGAUUUUUCAUCAAAUGUCUCAUUCGUUCAGCAUUGCACCCAACCUAAUGUCGCUGAAUCAUCGGUCACCGCCGUCUACAAUUCCGGUCAUCCCUCACCGGCAACUCCCGCUCCCAAAUUUACGAUUAUCGUCCUGUAAAUCGAGGGGUUUUGAAGCUUAUAAUGCGUUCGAUCUCAAAGGUACCCAACGAAUGAGUGAUCAGGUCUAUGACCAUGACGUUGAACUCACAGUCAGGGACUAUGAGUUGGAUCAGUUUGGUGUUGUAAAUAAUGCUACGUAUGUAAGUUAUUGUCAACAUUGUUGUCAUGAGUUUCUAGAAAAAAUUGGUGUUAGUGUUGAUGAAGUAACGCGAAAUGGUGACGCAUUAGCAGUAACAGAGCUCUCAUUUAAGUUUCUUGCACCACUAAGGAGUGGAGAUAGAUUCGUGGUGAGGGCGCGAUUAUCCCACUCUACAGUAGCUCGAUUGUUUUUCGAGCAUUUCAUCUUCAAGCUUCCAGAUCAAGAGCCUAUAUUGGAGGCAAGAGGAAUAGCAGUGUGGCUCAAUAGAAGUUACCGUCCUAUUCGAAUUCCGUCAGAGUUCAAUUCAAAAUUUGUUAAGUUCCUUCACCAGAAGAGUUGCGGUGUACAACAUCGUCUCUAGACCCUACUCGUAGAAUUACAUUGUUAUUAUUUCUGAAUUUAGUGCUUGUAAUGUCUAACCACAUUUGAUCUUUCAAUUAAUUUGAAAUGUGCAAUAUUAAUGUCUUUACUUGUGACUUGUCAAUAAUAACAUGACCAUCGUUGGUAA